CAAGCCACGUCUGCUUACAUCUAUCCAUCAUUGUCGAGCUCCCCUCACUCCUUUUUCCCUCUUUUCCAUUUCAUUUCUUUAAUUUGAAAAAAAGAAGAAGAAGAACGAUGACAAGUUCAAUUUGCAGAUCAUUGCGACCAGUGAUUCCUCCUCGUUCUACUCCGAGGCUCCUCGGACUGUCGGAGCUUCACCGUCCGACCACCACUCAACCGCCCCAACAACCCAACUCCGCCGUCAUUAACGGCCACGCUCCCUCCGAUUUGCUGACCGACCGGCCCUCUCAGCCCUGGGCCCACCACCCGCUGACCAUUCUCUACCGUAUGUCAAAUCUCCGAGGCGCGGGAAAGAACGACAGGGAAGGCUUCUCUACGGCGGCGUUUUCGCUCCACAGGCAUCAUCCUCAAACCCUAGCUUUUAACACCUUUGGAUUGAGAGGAUUCAGUACUACUACGGUUGGAUCGGCGGUGCCGAGGGAGAUUGAGGCAAAGGGGAAGCGAUUCGGCACCGCGAAGAAGAUUUCUUUUUGCAUGACCAUUUUGUGAGCUCAUAAAUUCCAUCACUAGCCCUGAUUCCUUUAGUAAGUUCCUUAAAAGAUCAGGGUAGAUUGUGUGGGACGUUACAAGUGGUUGCAAAUUCUAUCGUGAACUGUGAUGGACCACACACAAUAGGAUCCCCAUUGUAGGUGCAACGCAAGGACAUGUCAGCAUAAAUAAGAACGUAUACACCUGCCGUUACGCUAACACAUCAAUAAAUGAGCUACUAUUUUUGUUUUUC